GUCAGAAUAACAUAUACUCAUAAUGUCGCUGUGUCCAAAAUCAUGCACAAAAAUUUAGCAAACACCCUCCAGGAUCCUGAAGUGUGUUAUCCUGGUAACAAAAAGGUGUGUGAGUGCAACCUGCAGGCUCAAGCUUGUGACCCAGGGACACGCCCUCUUUGCACUUCUACCUUGCACAUUCUUUACCGAAACAGACGAGAGAGGGACAAGAAGAUCUCAGACUUUUCCAAAACCCGAAGGACUGGUUUUCUAUUCAAACACAGCCAAAGGAAAAAAAUGUCAGAAAAGGAGUUGCUAUCAGUCGGUAAUGGCCAGUCAACAAAGGCUCAGCCAGAGCAGUGUGGUGUGACAGCGCCCUCUGCAGGCGCCCGCAGUGUGCUGGAGGACGGACUGAGCCUCACUCUGCUGGACUCCAACAGUGACCGGCUAGUUCAGCCGUUCCCACGCUCACCAAAACUACACAGGAACAAGGGCAAAGCUGGAAAGCCCUCCCAGGAGCAGCUGUCCAGACAGUUGGAGGAGCUACAGGCAGAGAGAUCUAAGACUGAAGCCCACAUCCAGUCUUUGAAAAAACGAAACAAGGAUCUCUCUAGGAGCACAGAGACGAUGAAGCAGCAGGUCCGGGAGCACUUUGAGAAACUUCUGGCUGUCCUGAAGCAGGAUGAGCAGGCCGUGCUGGACUCUCUGGAGCUGGACCUGAGACAGACUAGAAGCAGACUGGACCAGGUUCUGAAGACAUGGAAGCAGCACAAGGACCAGGUGACCAAGAUCAUGGGCAGCACCCAGAGAGCACUGAGCAAGAGUUCUGCCACAGAGGAAGAUGAGGAGGGUCAGUCUGAGACUCUGAGUCCUAUGAAGCCAGACGCCUCUGAAGAGGAAAUCCGACUGAAUGACGAGAGAUUCCUAAGGCUUCGUAAAACUUUAUACUCUAUUUCCAAAAACCUGAAAGCCCAGCUGCAGAGGAAGACCCUGCUGUUAGAUUCAUGCCCUGUGGUGAUUGACCGACAGACGUGCCAUAGCCAGAUCACAGUGGACUCCGAGGGGCGGGCCAUGUCCUUGUCAGACUCUGGCCACUCGGCUCCGGAGCAUCCACUCCAGUUUGACAAAGUGUGCUGUGCUCUGGGUUCCUCUCCCAUCACAGUGGGUCAGAAUUACUGGGAGGUCGACGUACGCUGCAGCCCCGCCUGGGCUGUGGGCGUAGCCUACACCAGCCUGCAGAGGAAGGGCCGAGACAAGGGAACCAAACUGGGCCGGAACAGGAACUCGUGGUGUGUGGAGCUCCGGAACCGCAGUCUGUCUGCUUGGCAUAACGACCGGCAUGUGGCGUGUCAGGGGGUCGGGCAGACCCAGAUCGCAAAGGUGGGUGUGUGGGUCAAUUAUGGAAAGGGUCAGCUGAUAUUUUAUGAAGCAGACACCAUGGUCAUCCUGCAGAGGUUCACCGCGGCCAUGACGCCGGUGUUCGACAGGGCUCGUCACCAGUUCACAGAGCCCCUGUACCCCGCUAUACGCUUCCUGAGACCACCGCAGAACCAGAUGGGGCCAAACCACCUGGACAUCUGUCCCCUCAACAACCUGUGAUCGUCUGAGGAGACUUCAGGGAAGGGGCCAAAUGGACAGUGAUGUUGACUCACCUUGCCAAUGAUAAUGUGUGCCGUCUUUUCGAUCAAUGGCAUGCCACGUUUAACCAAUCACUACCACACCAUCCUUUCAGGGUUGUUACAAUCAGACCUACGAGUAAUUUAGUCCUUGCUCAGACCUGACGACCAGUGUUCAACCUUGUCUGACAAAACUUACUGACUAAUCACCUUGGUCAUCAUGUUUUGGUGAUCAAGGUGGAACAGUCGGAUUGUGUUGUUGAGCAGCAUUUAAUGAGUCAUAUAGAACAGAAAGCUUCAAUAUUAACCAUGCAACGUAUUAGUCAAGCCUUUUGAAGUCUGUAAUUUUUGAGUAAAUCAUUCAUAUUUUUUUUCUUUCUUACCACAGAAGGUAUGUUGGGAAAGGAAAAUACAGGGUUCUGCAUCAUCACUAGAAUGUGAUAUCGUCUGCCACAGUGAUUAUUUUUAGAUAUUUUUCUUGUUAUGGCACAUUUAAGGUGUUAACUAUAAUGCCUUUUAAAUCAUUAGGGAGGGUUGGGAGGGGAAGUUGGGAGGUUUCCAGCAGAAGAAAGACUGGCAGCCUAAAGUCAAGACAGGACAGGCCCUGGAUUAAGGAGAAAUUUGCGCCAAAUACUGCCAUGAAACCACUGAGACAGAGCAGCUGUCUGUAACAAGAGAAAAUAAGAUAUGACAAACUGACCUGAAAUCAAUAUCCAGCAGCAGACUCUUCAUUGGCUCUUGGUUCUGCUCCAGGUUGCGCAGCUUGAUCAGCUCAUGGAGUCUGACACAAACAAUAACAAUCAUGAGUAAAUCUCAGUUCAGUGUUUAAAACUUUUUAACCACAUUUUUAAACCAGUACUGCAACUAUAUUUUUUUGUAUACAGUAGUAGUAUUUACUAUCAGUUCAGUUCAGCAUAUUAGUGAGUGUGAUUGUGCAUGACAACUCUUACGGUGGACAUCUAUGAGUAACUCAUUACUACGUGAUAGAGCCAGACUGACGAUUUGGUCAGACAUACUGAUCUAUCACAGAUAUAUCAGUAGUAGUUCUGUGUCAAAGCACAAUUUAUCAUCUCGUCUACAAGUGAACCAACAACCUACCAACCCACCGUGUAUAUAAUAUAAAGAAUAUCAGCCAAUAUAUCUAUAUCAUCUCAUUAUUCCAUACCAUGUCUUUUCUCAUCAGAGUUGUAAAUAUUGUUAGUUUGUUGAUGUGCUCGGUUACACUUCUGUCCAUGUCCAUGUUCCCUCACAUGAGACUCUCUAAGAGUUCUACGUUUUUCCCCUGUUAAGAGUUCAUAUUUGUAGUUGUUCCUCAUUCUAGUUGAAGGUUUAGAACAAAUGAUUGUUGCAUCUUGUUAAGAUCUAUAAGACAAAUAGUUAUUUGUGAAUAUUGGCUAUACUAAUAAAAUUUGAUUAAUUGA